UCUGAGUACGAGGAAGUAGUCCAACAUGUAGCUCGCGGGGAGAAGCCUGCCAUUCGCUACCUCUUCUUUGGAGGAUAGAAAAGCAAGAAAGAUUUCACCAUGGCGGGAACUUCCAGCAGCGAUGCUGCAGGUCAGCCCUUUGUUGCUGCUCAGGUCCCUUUCCUUCACCUUUGUAACACUUUAGAGAAAAUCCAGAAGACUAAACUCCGCCCAAAGAAAUCCAAGGUCCUUGGGGAUUUCAUUGAGUCAUGGAGGAAGUUUCACUCUGCCCUCCACAAAGACAACCCAGAUACAACCGACUCUUUCUACUCGGCCAUGCGCCUCAUAGUCCCCUCCUUCGAACGAGAGCGAAUGGCGUACGGCAUAAAAGAGAACAUGUUAGCUAAACUCUACAUCGACGUGCUGGGCCUCCCAAAGAAUGGCCCAGAAGCCAAUAAACUGUUGAACUACCGCGCUCCGACUACAUCCCAAACAGAGGCCGGAGACUUUGCCGGCAUGGCGUACUUUGUGCUGAAGAAACGGUGUGCCAGCCAAGGAACCCUCAGCAUCAAAGAAGUCAAUGACUUUCUGGACUCGGUGGCCCUCAACAACGCGGACAAGCAGAAAGAUCUCGUGAAAAAGAGCCUGCUGCACCUCAUCACCCGGAGCUCGGCCCUCGAGCAAAAGUGGCUCAUCAGGAUGAUCCUGAAGGACAUGAAGCUCGGGAUCAGCAAAGAAACCGUCCUCGGGGUCUUGCACCCGGAUGCGGCCGAGCUCUACAACGUCAACACGGACUUGAACAAGGUGUGCCGGCAGCUCCACAGCCCCUCCGUGUCCUUAAGCGAAGUCUCCAUCGGGCUCUUCUCCGCUUUCAAGCCGAUGCUGGCGGGUGUGGCGAACAUCCGCAACGUGGAGAAACAGAUGGGAAAUGCCCCUUUUUACAUUCAGACCAAGCUGGAUGGGGAGCGCAUACAACUGCACAAAGACGGCGACGUGUACAAGUACUUCAGCAGAAAUGCUUUUGAGUACACCCAGCAGUUCGGAGGGUCCCCGCUGCAGGGCUCCCUGACGCCUUACAUCCACAACGUUUUUAAAGGCCACGUCGUGAACUGCAUCCUCGACGGCGAGAUGAUGGCGUACAACCAGACCACUGAGACCUUCAUGCAGAAAGGGAGCAAGUUCGACAUCAAGAAGCUCAUGGACGACUCCGAGCUGCAGACGUGCUUCUGCGUGUUUGACGUGUUGCUGGUCAAUGACCAGAAGCUCGGCAGGGAACCCCUGAAGAAGCGCUACGAGACCCUUCAGACGGUUUUCACGCCAGUCAAGGGACGGCUGCACCUGGUGCCAAAGGCCGACGCCAGGACCAUGCAGGAGGUGGUGAACGCCCUGAAUGACGCCAUUGACGACAGAGAGGAGGGGAUCAUGGUGAAGGAUCCCAUGUCCAUCUACAAACCUGACAAGCGGGGGGAGGGAUGGCUGAAAAUAAAGCCAGAGUAUGUGGACGGCUUGAUGGAUGAGCUUGACCUGCUGAUUGUCGGUGGCUACUGGGGGAAAGGGAGACGGGGCGGUAUGAUGUCCCAUUUCUUAUGCGCCGUAGCCGAGGCGCCAAAGCCCGGCGAGAAACCCUCAGUUUUCCACACUCUCUGCCGCAUCGGCUCCGGCUACACCAUGAAGGAGUUGUACGACCUUGGUCUAAAGCUGGCCAAGCACUGGAACGUCUAUCGGAAGAAUGACCCGCCAGCAUCCAUCCUGUGUGGAACGGAGAAACCAGAGGUCUACAUCGAGCCUUGCAACUCAGUCAUCCUCCAGGUCCGGGCGGCCGAAAUAGUCGGCAGCGACAUGUAUAAAACCAACUGCACCCUGCGCUUCCCAAGGAUCGAGAAGAUCCGCGACGACAAGGAGUGGCACCAGUGCAUGACCCUGGCAGAGCUGGAUCAGUUCCGCAGCAAGGCGUCCGGGAAGCUCGCCUCGCGGCACCUCCAUAUCGACGGCGACGAACCGCAAAAGAAGAAGCGCAAGCCGCCGGCCAAACCCAAGAAGGUGGUCGGGAUCAUCGACCACUUCAAGCCCCAGGACCUCUCCGGGGUCACCAAGGAGACUGAUAUGUUCGAGGAUGUGGAGUUCUGUAUCCUGAAUGGCACAGAGGAUUGCCCCAAGGCUGAGCUGGAGAAGGACGUGGCCAGGUGUGGAGGGAUCGUGGUUCAAAACCCGGGACGGGACACCUACUGCGUGAUUGCCGGCGCGGAGAACGUGCGCGUGAAGAACCUGGUCUCGUCCGACCAGCACGACGUGGUGUGGGCCUUCUGGCUGCUGGACUGCCUGGCCCGGAAGGAAGUGGUCCCGUGGCAGCCACGCCACAUGAUCCACAUGUCGCCCUCCACCCGGGAGCACUUCGCCAAGGAGUACGACGGCUACGGCGACAGCUACUUUGCGGACACGGACGAGCAGCAGCUGAGGGAGGUGUUCGGGCGGAUGAGGGGCGCGGACGCGGUGGUGAACGCCGGCCAGGUGGAGCAGCGGUACGGAUGGGAGGACCUUCCCACCAGCAUGUUCAGACCCUUCCAGGUUUACAUGGACAGCUGCGCCGACAUAGGAGACCCUGAAACCGCCAUAGCUGCCACCUGUUUGGACAUCAGGGCUCUGGAGUUUCGCUACCAUGGAGGUACGGUGAUGCAGAGGUUAGAGGAAGGAGUCUCUCAUGUCAUCAUCUCAGAGGAGACCAGACUUCUGGGUUUAAGGACUCUGAGACGCCGCUUUAGGGAGAAAUUUAAGAUUGUAAGGGACUCAUGGGUGACGGAUUCAAUCAAAGCAGGGCACCUGAUGAAUGACACGGACUACUUGCUUUGAAGAGUCUUCUGGUGACACACAGAGGAUUUAAGGAAAGAAGUCCUUGUAUAGCUAGCGUUUUAAUUAAUUUACUUUAAACGGGUCGAAAAAUAAAUAAUCACUGUUUUAAAACGACACUGUACCGUACAGGGAUGCUACUUCUCAGGGGGUUCAUGCAAACUUUAUGAGUUUUAAUUUUAGUCUUCUUCAUGAGUGAUUAAGGCGGCUUGUUUUUAGUUUUAAAUGAAUACGCCACUGUAAAAGUCAGAAGACAAUGAUUGGUUUUUCAAAUUUUUAAAGUUGGAAUUAAAUUGUGAAUUUUAUAAAUACGGAAGCUGAUUAAUCUUUUUUCAAAUAAACUUUUAGCCGAGCAGUUAUUAACACAUUUUAUGGAACGAGGUUUUCCACAAUCGAGGUUUGGGUUUGAUUUACUGUUUAAAAAUAUGAAGCUGCUUUCAUCCUAACUGUUCUGCCUUUAGAUAUGAAAUCAUGAAACAAAAUAAUCCACAAUGGACUGAUAUAAAUUCACAGAUAGUCUAUAAUAAUGUUAUCUUUCUAUGAGGCAACGGAAUUGUUGGGGGGGAUUAUUGUGGCGAGCCUUGAACAUGUCGCUGUCUUUUUGAUUUUAUUUUUUCACAUGUGAAGCACAACUCUAAUAAAUACCUUUUACUCUUUAAAA